CUUCAACAUCGCUACCGGGCCCAUCAAACCCAUCAAGCCUACCUGGGUGUUUUAUUUUAUGUCUCCGCAAUGUCACGGCCCGGAAUGGCUUCAUCUUCGUCGUCGGGGAGGAACCUCACCUUGACUGAAGAAUUGGAGAGAUUAGAGCAAUCCAUUACCCUCACUCUGCAAGAAAUCGAUCACAACUUCAGCAAAGCCCACCGAAUAGUCACUACCAGCAUCCUCCCUGUCGUUGAGCAAUAUGGUGAACAUUCAAAGAAUGUCUGGGAAGCUUCCAAGUUCUGGAAACAAUUCUUUGAGGCCUCCGCAAACGUAUCACUGUCCGGCUAUGAGGAAUUGGCGGGGGAAGCUGAAGAGACAACAAUCGAGGAAGUGACGGUUGAUGAGACUACGUCAGACUACGAUGCCACACAAGAGGACGCAACCGAGGACUCUCAGUAUCAGGAUCACGAGCAACGGGCUGAUGAGGCCAUCGAGGACUCUAUGCUUGGAGAUGCCACCAUUACAGGUAGCACACCGCGCCCACCCGCUACAAAAUCCAUACAAGCACAAUUCGCCGACUUCAACUCGCCAUAUCAGGACCUGAGACGCGAGCUCAAGAGCGGGGCGAUCUUUAAGGGCGAUCUACCCACAGAAGACGAUGAAGAGGGUGAUGGCACGAUGCAGCUUCCUCCAUACCACCACGGAAGUACCACACGACUACCCGACAUGUCGAUGACGCCGCGUUCAUCAUCGCUACUCCUCGACGAACCGACAGCACGGCAUCCCCAGCCCGCGACGCAAAAGUCCAAAGACUUAUUGCUACAUCGUGUCCUGGAUAAAAACUACAGGCUACAAGCGACACCUCUCAAGACUAUUCCUUUGGCAGGGCGGACCCGCGGCCGAUCACCCCAGAAAAAGGGUAUAGAGGAAGAGUCUGAAGAAGACAGGGCACGUCGGGCGCUGUGGGCCGAGAGCCCCAUGAGCUCGCCCGAGAUAGCAGCCCCAAAGCUGCGAAGCGACUUGUACAUGUCUCCGCUAAAGACGCGGCAGCGCAGUCGGGACGAGGGGCCACGAACGCCGGGGAUCAGCGUGCAGACACCCACGACGGCCAAGAAAAGGGAUAUCUUUGCCGAGGUACGGUCUCAGGAGCAAGGGAAAGGGAAAGGGAGAGCUGAUGAGAUCACUUGGGAGAGCGACGAAGACGACAUGGAUGACGAUAGUGUAUUUGGGGGCAUGAGUCCACCGAAGACGAUACAGUUCGCGCUACCUCCUAGUAAGCUCAUGCAAACGCCUGCGCGAGAAGCUAGUCGUCGCAUCGUUGACGAUAUUCUCAUCACGGCUGGUGCGGCCCCCGAGGAAUCUUUGGAGGACAGUCCUACUAUGGUCAAGGUGAACCAUAAUAUCCUAGACGAUACAUUUUAGUCGAGUUAAAGGACUUGGACACCUCUGAAGAAAGUGAAAGGUUUGGCAUUAACGUGGGGAUGUGUGAUUACGUGUGGAAGAAAGUGAUGUUAUUCAUGACGGUCGCCAUGACCAUGAAAUCACUGUCUCGAGAUAGCGGGAUAUACUUGCGUGCUGAUACGAGAAUAUAGAUAGAAAAAGCAUGAGAAGCCCAAAAAAAAAUUAAGAUACCCCUUUUUAUAGGACAUAGCUUGAAAUGAGCAGCCUUUAGCCUGUACUGCUUUUUCCUAGUACCUGCCUUGACAGUGUUCAUUUUCUUGUUGCAUAGGUACACUCAUCAUUAGAAUUCGAAUUCAGACGCAUGAAAGGACAUUACAUGUCUUCGCAUUUUUUUUCUUUUGGGAGAUAUAGACUCUAGAUAUGUAGCAAGUUAAAAUGACAACAAU